CCAGUUGGACUGGGUUGAGCGCCUUGCAGAACUCCCAAGGUGACUGGGUGCGACAAUUAAGUUUCGCGUACAGAAAGAUAACGCUCACAUACAUUCGCGUUUAGUCAAUUAACAAAUAUAAUUUGAGCUUGGGGUAUCUUGACAUCAAUCGAGGAGCAAGGUGUGGCCAAGAAAGGCCUGGGAAUCAUGUCUGACAAAGAGAGUUCGAAAUCGAGGUCCUCUUCGAUAGAAGAAGCUAUCAAAGAAGUGGUGAAAGAUCUGGAGAACAUCGAACAAGGAGGUGGCAAUCCCAAUGAAAGAGGAGAAUGGGGAAAUCAUUGCGAGUUCUUCUUAUCCAGUCUCGGUCUCGCCGUGGGCCUCGGGAACAUCUGGAGGUUCCCAUACGUUUGCUAUGAAAAUGGCGGCGCCGCUUUCUUGAUUCCCUAUAUCAUCAUGCUGUUCAUCGUGGGAUUGCCCAUGUUCUUCUUGGAAAUGGUUCUCGGGCAAUACGCAGGAUUGAGUUGUACCAAAAUCUUCGCCCGAAUGACCCCUGGACUUCGUGGCAUGGGAUACGGAAUGGUGACCAUUCCCACCAUCAUCAACUUUCAAUAUGUGGUCAUCAUGGCCUACGGAAUGCACUUCAUGUUCUCCGGGUUCAGAGCCAACCUUCCUUGGAGUUCCUGUGACCACGAUUAUAACACGGUUAAUUGCUACAGUGUGUUGCAAGCGGCUGAUUGCAAUCUCGACACGCAAGCCUUCUACAACAUGGAAUGCACCAAUGCUACCGAAUUCUGUUCUAUGGCUUCUAAUGGAGCCUUCUUCUUCGAGGAUGAUAACCCCGGCUAUUGCACUGAUGGGUCUACCUCCAUUCCAUUUCAAGAUGUAACCUAUCGAGCUUCGUCCAGUGAAGAGUAUUGGUACAACAGAGUGCUCAAUUUAAAUGUGACAAACGGACAUGUGGUGACCGAGGUGAACUCGUGGAGCAAAUGGGGUGGAAUGCGAUGGGAAAUCCUAGGUUGUCUGGCCUUAUCAUGGAUGCUUAUUUGUGGGUCCUUGAUCAAAGGAGUUCAGUCUUACGGAAAAGUGGUCUAUUUUACAACACUGUUUCCCUACGUGGUUUUGGCCGCCUUUCUGAUCUACAUCGGUACCAAAGAUGGAUUUGUGGAAGGCGUAAAAUACUACAUCGUGCCCCAAGAUUGGGCCGAUAUGGGCCAAGUGUCUGUUUGGAAUGCAGCAGCUGGACAGAUCUUCUACAGUUUGGGCGUGGCUGUGGGCAGUCAAUUGCUUCUUUCGUCCUAUAAUGGCUUCAAAACCAAUUGCCAUAGAGAUGCCUUGCUGAUUGGGCUUGGAAAUUCAUUAACAUCCCUGUUCGCCGGAUUCGUUGUCUUUGGUGGAUUGGGAUACAUUGCUCACGAGAAAGGUGUCGAUAUCAAGGACGUCAUCGAGUCUGGUCCGGGUCUGGUGUUCAUCGUCUUCCCCGAAGUGAUUGCCAUGAUGGUGCCCAGUCCCCUUUUCUCGUUUUUGUUCUUCCUCAUGUUAAACUUGUUGGCCAUUUCCUCUGUGUGUGGAUCCUGGGAGGCCUUCGUGGCGUCCAUUUUCGACGAAUUUCCACACUUGCGAAAGAAUCGAUUGUGGGUGAUGAUCAUCACGUGUUUUGGCGGGUUCCUCUGUGGUGUGGCCAUGUGCUUCGACUCUGGGUUCUUACUCUUUGACAUGAUGAAUGACCGUUGCUCCAAUGCCAUUCUAUUAAUGGCCCUCAUCGAGUUGAUCGCCUGCAGCUGGUUCUACGGGUCGGGUAAAAUCCUGAAGCACGUGGAAGAGAUGGGCAUGAAAAUUCCCGUUUUCAUGAAAUGGUUCUGGUGGAUCUGUUGGACCAUCGUCACCCCUAUCAUUAUUGCAGUCGUGACCAUCUUGUCUUGGAUCAACGCGGCCGGCGACGAGUUCUUGGAUUAUACUUUCCCCACGUGGGUCACUGUGAUCGGUUGGGGCUUGGAACUUGUGGCUGUCUUCAUUCUCGUACUGGUGUCCAUUGCCACCAUCAUUAAGCGGAUUGUCGCCAAAAAGCCCUGGGCACUCAUUAAGCCUGGCCCUCUUAUGCUACCUAACAAGCACUGGGGUCCCCGGGCCGAUAGUGGAUUGCCCACGGGCAACACAGGCAAGGACAACGACGGUUAUGAAGACGAUUGAAACGGGUCAUUUCGAUCCACUCUCGUGUCAUGUAUUAUGUUGAUUCAUUCAUAAUGAAGAAUUGAAAAUGUGUUCUUUUAACAAUAAAGAAAUUUAGGAAUCUUG